AUGUCAAGAAGAUACGAUUCAAGGACGACCAUCUUCUCGCCCGAGGGACGAUUAUAUCAGGUCGAAUACGCACUUGAAGCUAUCUCGCAUGCUGGUACAGCUAUUGGUAUACUGUCGACAGAUGGAAUCGUACUGGCUGCAGAAAGGAAAGUUACAAGCAAGCUGCUGGAGCAAGAUACUUCCGCAGAGAAGCUCUAUAUCUUAAAUGACAACAUGAUAUGUGCUGUAGCAGGCAUGACCGCCGACGCCAACAUUCUCAUCAACUACGCCCGCCAAGCCGCCCAGAGAUAUCUCCUCACCUACAACGAAGACAUACCUUGUGAACAGCUGGUACGUCGUCUAUGCGAUCUCAAGCAAGGAUAUACGCAACAUGGUGGUCUUCGGCCCUUCGGUGUUUCAUUCAUCUAUGCUGGCUACGACCCUCAACGUCAAUUCCAGCUGUACCAAAGUAAUCCUAGCGGUAACUACGGAGGAUGGAAAGCAACAAGUGUUGGAGCAAACAAUGCCAGUGCCCAGAGUUUGUUGAAGCAGGACUACAAGGAGGAGUGUGAUCUGAAGGAGGCGUGCGGUUUGGCUGUCAAGGUUCUGAGCAAGACGAUGGACUCGACCAAGUUGACUAGUGAGAAGAUUGAAUUUGCAACUGUUGGGAAGACGAAGGAUGGGAAGGUGUACCACCAUCUCUGGGGUGCAGAUGAGAUAACGACGCUAUUGCAAGAGCAUGGUCUAGCAAAGGCGGAAGAAGAAGACACUGGGUAG